CUUUUGCUUCAAUUAUCCCUGGUUGGUCCAACCUCUUCCAAACCCUUCAUCUCUUUAAAUCUUUAAUGGCGAUUCCUUCCAGAUUCCUGCCAUCCAUCUACCUCAACGUCUGAUCAUCUCCUUGAAAUGGCGACGUGCUUCCAGACAUCAAUACCAAUGGCAAUGCCGAGCUCAGAAGAUGACUCGGUGGUGCUCUUCUCCACGGAGGAGUCCGCCAGUCAGUCUUCCUCCAGCAACCAUUCCCCUUCACAGCACCAUGAUCAGAACCACACGCCAUACAAGCUAACUGUAACCAAUCUAUCCUACACAAUUCAUCCAACCACACCACUUUCCGGCCUCGUUUUCGGCAACAUGAAGAAGAGGAAGCCAAUCAAUGUCCUGAGGUCAGUCUCGUUCACGGCGAGAAGCUCCGAGAUACUUGCAGUUGUCGGCGCAAGCGGCACUGGUAAGUCGACGAUGUUGAGAAUUGUUUCCGGGAGGGUUAGAGACAGGGAGUUUGAUCCCGGAAGUAUUCGUCUCAAUGACAGUGUGAUAGCAAGCCAGGCUCAGCUGAGGAAGAUAUGUGGAUUUGUAGCUCAGGAGGAUAAUCUAUUCCCUCUUCUUACAGUGAAGGAAACAUUGAUGUUCAGCGCCAGGUUUAGGCUCAGAGAUAUGAGUGGCCCUGACAGAGAGGAUCGAGUCGAUGGCCUGAUCAUGGAGCUCGGCCUGAUGCACGUAGCCGAUAGUUUCGUUGGAGACGAGGAGAAUCGUGGGGUUUCAGGUGGGGAGAGGAAAAGGGUAUCCAUUGGAGUGGAUAUGAUCCAUGAUCCACCCAUUCUUCUUCUCGACGAGCCAACUUCUGGACUGGACAGCAGCUCAGCACUGCAAGUGAUUGAGCUUCUUUCGUCCAUGGCCAGAGCUAAGCAGAGAACCAUUGUCCUGUCCAUUCACCAGCCAAGUUAUAGAAUCCUUAAAUACAUCUCCAAUUUCUUGAUCUUGUCUCAUGGUUCUGUCGUGCACAAUGGUUCCCUGGAAUCUCUGGUACUUGCAAUUACCAGGCAGGGAUUCCGAAUCCCGCCUCAGCUGAACCCCCUGGAAUUUGCCAUGGAAGUCAUCUCCACCCUCGAGAAGCCCAAAAAUCUUCAAUCUGAAGUAAACAGAGAACAUCCGCAUCCCUCUUAUUCAAUGUUACAGGUGGAAUUACCCAACAGAGAAGCUUCUGCACAUUCGAUUCUGUCACAACUAAUGGAAAUAACAGUGCUCUGCCAUAGAUUCUGGAAGAUCAUCUACAGAACAAAACAACUAUUGCUUGCCCGGACAAUGCAAGCUCUUGUAGGUGGAUUUGGUUUAGCUAGUGUUUAUGUGAAAACAAGAAAGGAUGAAGGUGGAGUCGCGGAGCGAUUAGGCCUCUUCGCAUUUAGUCUCAGCUUUCUUCUUUCUUCGACAGUCGAAGCUCUCCCCAUUUAUCUUCAAGAACGUCACGUAUUGAUGAAAGAAGCUUCGAGAGGAGCGUACAGGAUUUCUUCAUACUUAAUUGCCAACACCAUAAUCUUCUUUCCGUUUCUAUUCAUAGUCGCAAUUCUCUUUUCUGCUCCAUUGUAUUGGAUCGUGGGAUUGAAUCCAUCGGCGCACGCUUUUGCCUUUUUCACAUUAGUAGUUUGGCUUAUAGUCCUGAUGGCCAGUUCCCUGGUGCUGUUCCUCAGUGUCAUAUCUCCUGAUUUCAUCUCCGGGAAUUCGCUGAUCAGCACCGUUCUUGGAGCAUUCUUUCUCUUCUCCGGCUACUUCAUUCCCAAGGACUUCAUACCAAAGUAUUGGCUCUUCAUGUAUUAUAUUUCACUUUAUAGGUACCCGUUGGAUUGUCUCCUUAUAAAUGAAUACCGCAGUGAGAAAAACAAAUGCUUUUCUAAACAGGUUGGGGAUAAUGUGUCCAAGUGUUUGCUUACUGGGAGAGAUGUGUUGGAAGGCAGGGGGCUGAAUCAAGACACCAGGUGGAUAAAUGUAGGGGUUAUGCUGAUAUUUUUUUUACUGUAUCGACUGCUUUCUUGGGCUAUUCUUGUCCGGAAGGUGUCCAAAACCACAGUGUAAUGUAAGAUUGUAGGAUUUCCAGUUCUUGUAGUAGUGAAAAUUCUUGUAUGCAUUUGCUUAUUUUUGAAUCUUGAAUGAUGGCUGUUUAAUAAUGCUUAGUAUUAAAAGCAACUAACCUCCAACUAAGGGCAAACCUAACCAUACAAUAAAUAGCAUCGUAAAGUCAAGAAUCACCAUUGCAUCAAAGAAAGAA